AUGCAACAUCGAAUCCACGUUCUGGCAGAGCUCCCUGGUGCUAUGGUCCUGUCGAAGCCUGCAGAGGCCUCCUGGAAGACGGUGCGCGCGUUCCUGAACAACCAGGGCACGGGCUUGGCGCAGAGAUUUCAACCGCAGAGAGGAGUGUUUCCUGUUGGUGCCUCCGGUGCCUUGCUAGUGAAAGCGCGGAAUAGCCCCGCUCUGGCUGACUAUGCAGAUCUUUAUGUCGCCCUGCUCCGAGGGACAGUGCCCAACAGCAAUGUCACCCUUCGUUCGCGUCUCUGUCAGCCAUCAGAGGGCUCAAAUGCUUGGCGUUUGGCAGGGCUGCGCACCGAAGGCCUUGAAGCCUCGACGGUGCUGCGGCCAGUGGCCUAUGGCCACCUCGCAGGCACCGCGGCCACGCUCGCGCUGCUGCGGCCGCUGCUCCGGGCCUCAGAUCAGCAGCUGCUGCUGCACUGUGCAGCUGCAGGGUGCCCAGUGCUGGGCGACAGGCUACACAAUGGGGAACGCCGGCUGGACUUUCGUUUUGAGGAUGCCGAAUCUCCGACGAAGCGUUUGAUGCUACACUGCCUUCGCGUCAAGGUGGCGGGCACCGAAGUUCUGGCCCCGCAGGAGAUCACUUCAGAGCUGGAGGUUCAGCAGGAAUUGGCGGAUUUUUCAGUUGCAGCAGAUGAACUCAUGAACGUGCAGAAUAGCAAGCCGGUCAGUGAAUGGGACACCUUUGCAGGCGGAUUGCCUUCCCAAAUCGUGGACGAUACUUGCUGGGAUCGCCGCUUGGCUCGGGGCAACGAAGCAAUGCCCCAUCAAGCAGCAUGGCAGUCAUGA